GCCAGCAAGCUGGAAGUCUCCAUGCCAGCAGUGGUUGAAGUGGAGAGUGGGGGCACAGCCAGGAUCGAGUGCAACUUCUACAUCCCUGGAAAUGGUUCCUACACCUACAUUAACUGGUCUUACAUUGACCGCAACAACCGGGUGAGGCUGUGCCGCAUCACAGGCAGCGAGAUUCUGGAGGAGAACGUGGACUACAAGGGGCGGCUGUCGGUGGGGGAGGACAACGCCCUCUCCAUCAGCAGGGUGACGAUGCAGGACGCCAGGACCUUUGUGUGCCAGGUCGGGGCGGGCAGCCACGGUGUGGGUGAGAACCGCACUGAGCUCCAUGUCUACAAGGUCCCCGAGGCCCCUGAGAUUGUGGCCAACCCGGCAGGCAUCUCUGUGCAGAGCAGUGACAUCCCACAGAUUGCCCACUGCGUGAGCAAGAACGGCUUCCCACCCCCCAACAUCACAUGGCACAAGAACGGGGAGCAGCUGCAGCCAGAGGAGAAGAUGGUGAAGAUCCCGGCCACGCUGACCCGCGAGUCGAGCGGGCUGUACACGGUGAGCAGCACCCUCUUUGCCCACGUCACCCGGGAGGACCGCAAUUCCCUCUACCACUGUACUGUGCACUAUUGGCUGCGGGGACAGAGGCAUGCUGUGGAGUCGCGGCGAGUCAACGUCACUGUCUUCUACCCUGCAGAACACGUGAAGCUGCAGGUCAUGCCGUCCUCGGCACUGGUGAAGGAAGGGGAUGACGUGAAGCUGGUCUGCGAGGCUGACGGGAACCCAGCACCGGUCUUCAGCUUCUAUAAGAGAGGGCUGGAGGACAGCUGGCAGGACCUGUCAUCACUGGCAGACACCAACAGUGGCGUGCUGAACCUGCAUGAUGUGAAAAAGAGCAGCAGCGGCCUAUACAGAUGCCAGACCCUGGACUUGGAUGAUAUGAGACAGCUAGAGAAGGAUGUGGAGCUUGUUGUGAACUACAUUGAAGGGGUCCAUGUGAAGAUGGAGCCGUCUUCACCCCUUCAGGAAGGGGAUAGUGUGAGGCUGAGCUGUGAUGCCCACAGCCCUGUGGCCCUGGACUACCAGUGGAGGGAUGAGAAGGGCAGGAAGGUUGGAGAAGGGAACCAGCUCUUCCUGAGCAACCUCACCUUCGAAACCUCCAGCAACUUCAGCUGCAAGGUGAUUGCACCAAGCGUGCCGGGGCUGGAGCAGAGCAAGCAGGUGGCUGUGGCUGUUCAGGGGAAGCCGCGGAUUGUCGCCAUCAGCUCCCCGCUGUACGUGCGGCAGGAUGAGGUGGUGAACCUGACCUGCAAGGCCAUUGCUUUCCCCAGGCCUUCUGUCCACUGGAAUGUCAACGGGACGGCUCAUGAAUACGUUGAAAAUCAGCACAUCGCCAGCAACCUGACAGUGCGUGUGAACCAUGACCUGCUGCGGGCGGGAGCCAUGUGCAGGGUCUCCAAUGCGCUGGGUAUCAGUGAGAAGCACAUCCAGCUACUGGAUCAAAAGACACCAGAGAGCAAAGGGGUGAUCAUUGUGGCGAUCAUUGUCUGCAUCCUCGUGGUGGCUGUGCUGGGGUCUGUCAUCUACUUCCUCCACAAGAAAGGCAAGAUCCCAUGUGGCCGCGCUGGGAAACAGGACAUCACAAAGCCAGAGGCACGUAAAGACAAGAUUGUAGUUGAAGUUAAGUCAGAUAAACUUUCCGAAGAGGCGGGGCUCCUGCAGGGUGCCAACGGCGAGAAGAGACCUGCCGCUGACCAGAGCGAGAAAUACAUCGAUCUGAGAAACUAGAGAGGGAAUCUACUAAGUGCUUUCUUCCUUCAAACCUUUCCUGCUCUUGGAUUGCCUUGUCCCACCCCUGCUCCAGUACCUGGGGAGCAUGGCCAGAGACGAUUACUGCAUCGCAGUGCUGAGCCCCAACAUGUGGAGGACACCCCCUGACUCACCUGUCUGUUACCUCAACCGUGGGCUUGCAGGUUGUCGACUUAGCAGCAGCAAAGCUGGGCUUGCUUACUACUACAGAGAGGCCAACAGCAAUAUUAGAAAGAAAUAUCCCAUUAAGCUACCUGGUGGAAGGUUUUGAGGCUUUUUCAGGAGAUUGUCCUGUAUGUGUGUGGGAAGGUUUUGAUGUGUUUUACCCUAAACUUGCUCAGAAAAGCUGGUGAAAUGUUACUUUUACUUUUGGGAUGUCCCAGGCACCUUAGAUGUAGCGGUGUGCAGGUUAGAUGAGCGAAGAAUGGAAGUGGUGUGUUAGAGCAGUGUUUGCCAGCUGCUGGGGAGGUGUUAGUGCUUUGCUUUUUCUUUGAACUGUUUCUUGUCUUGUUGGUUUAGCCCAGCAGGUCCUGGUGGUGCUGUGCAGGUAGGGAGCUCCAUGACGGGUAGCUGUGAUCCUACUGGAGGCGAGUACCUGGCAGAGCAAGAACAGGGGCACCCAUCUCUCGGGCACAUGAUGGACCAAGGGCUUAGGUUCUCUGGUUUGUAGCGUAGCCUUGCUGAUGUGAGGGGGGGGCUUUCCCUCUCCCCACUCCCCAGGGAAUUGGAUUGCUUUUGGGGGGGGCUGCACAGCCGCUGGCAACAGCUGGUCCCAAAGCCUCCCCCAAAUGUAAAACUAAGGAGUACUAGGCCAGGGCCAGUUGGUGAUGUCUCAGGGUUUUUUUGUGCUGAACAAUUACCAGCCCCAGGUAAAACCGAUUUACUGCUGUGCUUCGGUGGCACCCCUGGCCCUACAGCCAUGCUGGUGCUACAGCAGGUGAGUGGUGGAGAGGGAAGAUGGCCAAGCAGCCUGCCUUUAGCUUCUGCUGCUGUGGCCUGUCCCAGCCCUCUGCUGGCAAAUGUGGUUUGCUCUCCUGCCUUUUCCUAGAGAGAUCAGCCCCCUGCAGCCUCUCUUUUCCCCGAAGUCACUACUCUCAGUGCUAUGCUGUCCACAAGCCUAUGUCCCCCCAGCCCUUGGGCAAGGGGCUGAGGCUAACCCCAGGUGACAGGAGAGGUGUCCCCUCAUGCACCCCCAGCAUCCUCUGCUGGUAGCAGGGAGCUGUGCAGCAGCCCAGCAGCCAGUGCCUAACAAGCAGUGAGCUAUACUCAUGAGCUACAAGUGUUGUCGAAGCAAAAGCUUUGGUUUAUAUAUAUUUUUGUUGGAUUGUGUGUAAAUUUCCAGAAGUUUUGUCUGAUACUUGCAAGGUUUUU